UGGUUUAGCCGGGUUUUGUUCUAUGAUUUUCUCCUCUCUCUAAUCGAGGUUUCUUUUUUCUACACUAAUGGCAUCAGCGGAGAUCGAGUACCGGUGCUUCGUCGGCGGCCUUGCAUGGGACACCAACGAUCAUGCCUUGCAGGAGGCCUUUAGUCCCUUUGGCGACGUUCUCGAAUCGAAGGUCUGUUUGCAUUGUUGCAGAGAUCGGAUCUGACCCUACCCCUUUUGGCUUUGUCGAUCCAAGAUCUGUGAUCUGUUUGUGUUACUAUAAUCUCUCUGUGUUACUCUUCUUUUAUGUUACUAAUCUCAAACCGAUUAUCAAUGAUCGGGAGACUGGUAGAUCUCGUGGUUUUGGAUUUGUGACUUUCAACAAUGAGAAAUCGAUGAGGGAUGCUAUUGAAGGAAUGAACGGUCAGAAUCUGGAUGGCCGUAAUAUUACUGUGAAUGAAGCUCAGUCCCGCGGAAGUGGAGGUGGCAACGGUGGGUACAAUCGUGGUGGCGGUGGCUACGGAGGUGGUGGACGCCGUGAAGGUGGUUACGGAGGUGGUUACAACCGUGGUGGAGGUGGAUAUGGUGGAGGUGGUUAUGGUGGAGGUGGUUAUGGUGGUGGCCGUGACCGUGGAUACGGUGAUGGGGGAUCUCGUUACUCUAGGGGUGGUGGUGCCUCUGACGGAAACUGGAGGAAUUAGGGUGUAGCGUUAAUAUUCUGUGAUGUGUUUGCUGUGAUUUGUUGGGUUUAUGAUUCCCGAGGAUGCUCGGUUAGCUGGUCUUUAGUGAUGGUAUCUUCCCUUGGAUAAAGAUGUAGAUCAUUUUUGAUCGAUGAAUACUUGUGUCGUGCUAUGAAUAAUUUUACCUUCGUGCCU